AUGGAUGAACACGAGGUGACCCAAACAGAGCACAUGGCCACCAUCGAGGCCCAUGCGGUGGCCCAGCAAGUGCAACAGGUCCAUGUGGCCACCUACACAGAGCACAGCAUGCUCAGUGCAGAUGAGGACUCACCAUCUUCACCAGAGGACACAUCCUACGAUGACUCUGACAUCCUCAACUCCACAGCUACUGACGAAGUCACUGCCCACCUGGCUGCAGCAGGCCCUGUGGGGAUGGCAGCAGCCGCUGCUGUGGCGACAGGUAAAAAACGGAAGCGACCACACAUGUUUGAGUCCAACCCAUCCAUCCGCAAGAGGCAGCAAACACGUCUGCUACGGAAGCUCCGAGCCACGCUGGAUGAGUACACCACCAGAGUGGGGCAGCAGGCCAUCGUUCUCUGCAUCUCACCCUCCAAACCCAACCCUGUCUUUAAAGUAUUCGGUGCUGCACCCUUGGAGAAUGUGGUACGCAAGUACAAGAGCAUGAUCCUGGAAGACCUGGAGUCUGCGCUAGCGGAACACGCUCCUGCGCCUCAGGAGGUUAACUCCGAGCUGCCACCCCUCACCAUCGAUGGCAUUCCUGUCUCGGUGGACAAGAUGACCCAGGCACAGCUACGAGCUUUCAUCCCUGAGAUGCUGAAGUAUUCCACAGGUCGUGGGAAACCAGGCUGGGGCAAGGAAAGCUGCAAACCCAUCUGGUGGCCUGAGGACAUCCCAUGGGCCAACGUCCGCAGCGAUGUCCGCACAGAGGAACAGAAGCAGCGGGUAUCAUGGACCCAGGCACUACGGACGAUCGUGAAGAACUGCUACAAGCAGCACGGGCGCGAGGACCUGCUCUAUGCCUUUGAGGAUCAGCAGACACAGCAGCAGACGACGACCACACAUAGUAUAGCACACCUUGUGCCAUCACAGACAGUGGUACAAACCUUCAGUAACCCUGAUGGCACCGUGUCCCUCAUCCAGGUUGGCACCGGUGCCACAGUUGCCACGCUGGCUGAUGCCUCAGAGCUGCCCACCACAGUCACCGUCGCACAAGUGAAUUACUCUGCAGUGGCUGAUGGAGAGGGCCAGCUCUGGGCACAGGAGAAUGAAGCAGUUGCCUUGAACGUCAGACGGCUGGGGAUGGCCAAAGAGCUUCGACGAGCGCCAGCUUUGCUUCUGCCCAAGUGCUGGAAAACCAGACUGGCAGCUGCUGAGGAGUGUGUGAUAGCAGAUGUGGAGCAGAACUGGGCCACGCUACAGGGGGGUGAGAUGACGAUCCAGACGACGCAGGCAUCAGAGGCCACGCAGGCGGUGGCAUCAUUAGCGGAAGCAGCAGUGGCAGCAUCUCAGGAGAUGCAACAAGGAGCAACUGUUACCAUGGCACUCAACAGUGAAGCAGCCGCCCAUGCAGUAGCCACGCUUGCUGAAGCCACUCUUCAAGGGGGAGGACAAAUUGUCCUGUCUGGUGAAACAGCAGCAGCAGUAGGAGCGCUUACUGGAGUCCAAGAUGCCAAUGGCUUCCUAACAGCAGACUAUUCAGGUUGCAAGUGGAGCCUAACAGAGUGUUCACCAGGUCUCGUCCAGAUCCCCGUCAGCAUGUACCAGACCGUGGUGACCAGCCUGGCCCAAGGCAACGGCCCCGUUCAGGUGGCGAUGGCCCCCGUUACCACAAGGAUAGGGGACAGUGCUGUCACCGUGGACGGGCAGGCAGUGGAAGUGGUCACCUUGGAACAGUGAUGUUCCCCGAGCCAGGAUCACGGUGGUUUUCCUCGUCUCUCAAUGCGACUUAAAAGUUUUUUACGCCUCUCCAGAGAUGCAUUGAGGUGGCAUCGAGUCUCCAGCUUUGGAAGCAAAGGGUUUGAAGUUUUGUUAACUUUUUUUUUUCUUUUUUAAAAGGAAAAAAAGGAGGAAAGAAAAAAAAAAAGGAAAAACCCAGGAAAACGGGAAUAAUCUUAGCAGAGGAUGUGUGUAAAGUGCGUUUUCACAGCGCCACUCUGCUCUCGGAGGAGCGAGAAGCCAAAUUGUGACGGGACUUUCAUUGCGAGGAGAUCUAAAACGAAAGGAAACAAGCCCCUUAUUCCCUAAUUCCCCACUACAGGAUGGAGCAGGAUGAGGCGUGGAGGGGAAUGUGGAUACCCUCAGCCGAAGCUGCUCCCGGGCACGGCCCUCUGCACUUGGCAAAUUAGAUUUCAAACGAUUUUAACGUGGACUUUUAUAAUGACAGCAAAAUGAAAUAACCACAAAAAAAAAAAAAAACAGGAAAAUAUUUUGGGAAAAGGCUCCUCUCUUGGGAUAACAUAAAGGAAUGCAUGUGUGACUGCAGGGGGGCGGCAGCCUCGGGAAGGAGGUGAUGCUCUUCCAGGAGCCAGCGGAAUGCCGCCCUCCCCUCGCCGUGCUCCGCUCGGCUCCCCUUGGUGCACACUGGAGACCUUGUUCUUACUCUCUGCUCUCAGAACGUACCUGCCAUUGUCCAUCUUCUUCUUUCCUUUAUUAUUAUUAUUAUUGUUAUUAUUAUUAUUA